AUGAAAAGUUGCAUCUCUGAUGUCACUGCCUUGCUCUCGGAUCUUAUUGAAGCCACGGAGUUGAUGAUUCCUAUUAAUGUGCGAAAAUAUCUGGGAGAAAAGCUAAGGUCUACAUUCGCUAUUCUUCACCAUUUGGAAGAAGAAGAAGAAGAAGAAGAAGAAGAAGAAGAGCUUGAUGAAGCUGAUUUAAAAGGCGAAAGGAUCACGAAGCUGAGAUGGACGAACAUCAACGAAUUAUUCGUGAAGCUUAAGGAGAAGGCUGAAAAAGAUGCUCAGGUCACACUUGAGAGCAGAAAGCUUUUGUUCCCUGAGUGGACUCCGAAGCAUCUUCAAAACGAAGCAAUUGACAUGCCAAGCCAGUAUUGGUUAGAAUAUGUUGUGUCCUUUGAACGUCAAAACACUCACGACUCACAACUUGAUCUUCAAAUGACUCCGAAAUCUUUCAUGUUUUGCUCUUUCAUUAAAGUUGCGAACAUCCCCUCUAUUAACAAUGGAUUUGAGCAACUUCCAUUCGCAUUCUAUCUCAACUACAUGAAACCCUAG